CAUCCGCCCGGCCAGGCGAGCUAGAUGCUGCUGGAAAGCGAGGGGCAUCGCCAGAGGCUGCAGCGGAGGAAGGCGCCAAGGGACCGGGGGAGGACCGAGGGCAGCCAGGGCCAGCCGCCCGCCUGGUGACAAGCAGCCCCCGGGUCUCUCCCUCUGUGUGUGUGUGUGUUUAAAGGGUCGCCAAUAGCGUUCUCCUCUCUCGCCCCCGUCGCUCUGAGAAGAGAGCAUCACCUCUGAGAAAAAGAUGACGCAGGGAAAGCUUUCUGUCAAUAACAAGCCUGCCAACUCUGAAGGGCAGCAGGGGAAUGCCGAAAAAAAGGACAGCUCCACAGUCCCAUCAGCGCCUCCGACCUAUGAAGAGGCCACCUCAGCAGAAGGGGUGAAGGCAGGGGCCUUCCCUCCCCCCUUGAAUGUCCCUCUCCAUCCCACAUGGGCCUAUGUGGAUUCCAGUACCAGCCCUCACUAUGGCAGUGGAUACUCCCCUGAUACUGAAACUCUCACAGCAUUGAGCUGGGAUGACCAAAAUGUGCGCAGAGUGUUCAUCAGGAAGGUUUACAGCAUCAUUUCACUUCAACUGUUUGUUACAGUUGCCAUUGUCGCUCUCUUCACCUUCUGUGAACCAGUUAAAGGAUAUGUACAGGCAAAUCCUGCCUGGUAUUGGGCUUCCUAUGCUGUUUUCUUUGUAACCUACUUGAUUUUGGCCUGCUGCUCUGGACCCAGGAGGUACUUCCCAUGGAACCUGAUCCUCCUGACCAUCUUUACGCUCUCCAUGGGCUAUAUGACUGGGAUGCUUGCCAGCUACUAUGACACCAAGUCCAUCCUCCUCUGCCUGAUGAUCACAGCAUUGGUGUGCAUCUCUGUCACCAUAUUCAGCUUCCAGACCAAGUAUGACUUCACCACUUGCCAGGGGGUCCUCUUUGUGAUGGCGAUGGUACUAUUCUUUAGUGGGAUUAUCCUGGCUGUUAUGCUUCCAUUCAAAUAUGUGCCAUGGCUCCAUGCUGUUUAUGCUGUGCUGGGAGCUAUUGUAUUCACUAUGUUCCUGGCCUUUGACACACAACUCCUGAUGGGGAGCCGCAGCUAUGCUUUGAGCCCAGAAGAAUAUGUCUUUGGCGCCCUCAACAUUUACCUGGACAUCGUUUACAUAUUCUCCUUUUUCUUGCAGAUAUUUGGGUCCGGCCGAGAUUGAGCUAGGCACAGCUACUAAGUGGUCUUUUGUCUGAUAAAGCAGAGCAUAUAUACAUAUAUAGAUUUAUAGAUAUAUAUGUGAGAUAAUAAAACAAUAACAAUAAGGAGAGAGGAAAAUUAAUUGACCUCUCUGGCCCUUUAGUAAGCACCAUUCCAUCAUACGGUCGAUUACCCAUCCAGCCAUCCACCAGCCCAUCACCUGCUGGCCUUCUUGGGAUCCUCAUGCAAUCUGUACAUACAUAUCUAUACUGUGAAACGUUUUGUGACUAAAAAAAGAGACGCAAACAGGGCUGUAACUGCUAGGCCUUCCAUUGCUUUUACAACUGUCUACAAGCUAUAAAUUAGACUUAGAGUAGCAGUUCUAGAAAUAGCAUUGGGAGAGAAGUAAAUACAUUUUGAAGACCCCAAUGUUGGCUUCAAACUGGAGAUGAAACAAUUGUGUCAGAAUAAAAAUGAGUCAGAAUUCAAAAUUGGUUUCAUUCAGGUUAGCGGAAAGUGGAGCAAUUUGUGGCUAUCUACAGAAUGAAUCAUGAGCAACAGGUGUUUCAUUUUGGGUUUCGAUGUGUUCUUAUUGUAAACUUUUAACAUCCAAGCUCCAACUCAACAAUUGUUUUAAUUCCAAAGAGGUCAGGGGAUCCACAGCAAUCCUCAUCUAAGGGGCUUUGGCCCACCACCCUUAAUUUCAGUGAUAGUCAUGUGUCCUCAUACUUUCUGGGCACUUGGAGUAUACAACACAAAAUUGUUUUGCAUGGCUUUGCGCUUUCAUGCAUCACUUUUAUGUUGGGGUCCAAUGUUAAUUUCAGUAUUUGUACACAGUUCUGAUUCACCAGGGCAGGAACAGAAGGUGAAAGUGAGAUUCCUCAAGAAAUUGACACUCUGGUUACUCUUACGCAAGAAUCAUAGUGUUAAUACAGAACAAACAAUUGCUUGCCCAUCACUUUGCCAAUUUCUUGAAUCAUGGAUAUCCCUUUUGCUAUCACUUUCACAUGACUGCACCUGCAUCAACUCUUUUGCCUGUUCUGUUGUUCCUUUUCCUGGACUAUUGAUGAUAUUCAAGGGGAUGUUUCGCUUAGGGAGCUAAUCAUGGCUCGGAAGAAAGCAAGGCCAGCAGAAGUUAUGUUUUCCUCUCCUCCUGCCAUCCCAGCUAAAUAAGGCUGGCACUGAGUCUCUUCUGAGUUGAAGAGAGUGACAGAAACUUUUCAAAGGCACUAUAUUUUCUUGAAAGGACUUUUCUCUGUCUUUAUAAAGAGAUUAUAAAGUAGCCAUCUGUAGACCCAGGACAGGCCAAAUAAAAAACAUUUCCAGGCCAGAUUACACUGGUGGGCCAGAGGUCCCCCUCCUGCCUCCUCUCCCUUUAGGACCCCUGAUUUAUAACCCAUUUACAGGCAGCCAUUUUCAAAAUCAAAAUCUGAUUUUAUCACAUUCAUUAAUAUUUAGAAGACUUUUCCACAAACAUAUUCAGAAAUGUUGGCUGUAGAAAUGGAAAUUUUCCGUAAAUUUCACCUGUAAGUGAAUCCUAUAAAUAACCUUUAUAAUACUGGUCAGUAGAGCUUUUCCUCAAUGGACUUGCAACCAACCUUCUGCAGUAAUCCUCUAGCCACUUUUAACACCACUAUCUAGCAUUUUUGCCUGCCAGUCAGUCCCAGAAUGCUUGCCUAAAAUGUUGGUGGCAAUCUAAGCUCAUUCUGUCAUUUUUCCUACUGCUAGAAGUGGAUGGGUUAUAGGGAGACUGCUAAGGAUGGGGAUAUCCAGAGUGAAAACGCUUGAGCAGCACUGAACAAAAGUGAUGUGCAAGGAAGCUAAAUAUGUUCAAACUGAUGAGGACUUUUUAUUUUAAAAAAGUAAUUAGAUUGUUAUCUAUUCCAGUGCAAACAAGGUCCAUGUGUAAACAUCCUGCACAAUCUGCAGCAUGCCAUACCCAAAAUACGCAACAACUUAGGCAGCCACAGCAUUGGUAUUUGCACUGUGUUCCACUAUAUACAAUAAUGAGCCUCUGGAUUAUUUAUGUAUUUCUGGUAUCACAUUUAUCCUCUGCUGAACUCAAGGGUCUAGCCUGAUCUGCUUAUAGGGCUGUCUUCCCUGUGGAGGAUGUUAAAUGAAUCUUUUUUAACCCCCUUCAAGAUCUGUUGGACUACAGCUGCCAAGUAAUGACCAUGUUGGCUGCAAAUAACUGGAGAUGUAGUCUGAGACCUCCAAGGGCAGUAGGUUAGACUGAGAUAACAAGGCAACCCCGGGAGUAGCACAGCUAAGAAAGGAUCUGAAUCCUGGUCUUUACCAAGAUCUUCAUGACCCAUGUCUAACAUAAGACUAUAUCUGUAGAUAGAGAUGACAAUAUCAUAUGAUGUUUUGUGUAAUUAUUUUAUUGGAUUGUGGUGCCAGUUUCUUGCUUUACUUCCUAGAAUCUCAAAGCACCAGGCAGUCUCCCAUCGAGGAGCUGACCAGGCUGGGACCUGCUUAGCUUUAACAGUGUUAAUAGCAUAUUCUGUUCUCAGGUGAUUCAGUCAUUAAACAUGUACAUUCUGACAA